CCACUUGAAACAAAGCUAUUAAUGUGGACAAGUCAGACUAUGGAAACAUAGUAGAUCUCACAUACUUUGAUACAGGUGCCCAGUCUGUUUUAUCGUAUGCUGCAGUCAAUGGGGUCUUAGUGGGACAUGAUCUUUACUCUAAUAAGGAAGUCUGGAAGCUCAGAAAUGAUCCCAAAUCAGGGUUGAUCACCUCCAUUGCUGUACACCACUCCCAGUGUUGGUUGACUGUUAUAGGGUUGAUCACAUCCUUUGCUGUACACCACUCCCAGUGUUGGUUGGCUGUGGAGACCAGCAGUGGUACACGUGUCUGUUGGGACGUGAGAUUCCAGCUUCCCAUCAACUCCAUAGUCCAUCCUAUAGGUGCCGAGUAAGGAGGUUGAUCAUGCACCCCCAGGAGCAGUCCUGGCUAAUUUCGGCCACCCAGGGAAAUAAUGAGGUGUCCAUAUGGGACGUAGAGACGGGGGCCAGACAAAAAGCCUGUGGGCAAGUCCUACACCCACAGUCUCAAUCAGAUUGAUUGUGCAAUACAAUAAACUGGGCAUGAUGCAGGACAAGCAGAAGAAAUACAACAAACACGCGGACCAGUUUCAGCAGAUCUCGGAGACGCUCUCCAUUCUUAAUCGGGUCAAGGACAGCAUGCAGAACCUGGUCCCCAAGAUGGAGCGCUUGAACCAGAUGUUACCACCGGAGGACCGACUGGAACUGCUGAGUCUGAAGAGCCAGUUGUUAGAACCAGAUGUUACCACCGGAGGACCGACUGGAACCGCUGAGUCUGAAGAGCCAGUUGUUAGAACAGGAUCUGGAUGAAGAGCAGGGGAACCAGUAAAAUGUAGAACUAGUUAAAAUGGAACUGGUCACUUUUAUUUGUAUGUAAACUUAUUUUGUAAAUUAACUUAAAUUUAAGUUCUCAGUUGUGCUCAUUUAAAUUUUUAUUCAUGUCAUACUGAAUUCAAGCCUCCCCUGGGAUAUUUGAUAUCCAUUUAUUGUUGAGAACUUUGAUAAUUAACAAUGUUUUCAUAAGUCUAGAACAUACUUGGACUCCUUUUUAAAAAAUUCUCAAAUAAUUAAUUCUCUUUUUCAAAUUAAUGCAAGUUGGGUCUAGUAUAACUGUAUCUAGAUUACAUGAACAUUUAUCAUUGAGAUACAAUUGUACUACAUUGUACAUGUAGGUAGUAUUGCUGUGUGAUAUCUCUUCCUACUUUUAGGAAGUAAACUUAUAUACCGGUAUUAGGUAUGGUGACUAUUGACCAGUUAUUCAAAAGAGUUAUUGCCCUUAGACCAUGAAAAUUUCUCAUUUUUUUUCUUUCUUUGUUGACCUGGUAGUAUGUAUUGGGUUAAUUUACAUUGUAUAUAUUUCAAAUUUAAGGACAGGUGAUACAAACAAAUAGAUGUAUGGACUAGCUGAUAUUUAUUUAACAUUGUAAUUUGGUUGUGAAUGAUGUAAAAUAUUGAAUUUCUAAAAUGAUAAGAAGGUGUUUUUAAUAUAAUUAACUUUCUAUGAUUUGUUCAAAAUGUUACCUUUUUUGCCAUCAUCCUUAUAAAUAUUUACUUUUAUCACUAAUAUGACAUUAUUAUGAAACUUUUAAAUGAAAAAAGUACAAAUUUAUGCUGUUAUUUUUUAGAAAAAUAAGUUUGCAUCUUAUGUCUUUUUAUAAAUCAGUGUUCAAGAGAGUUAUUGCCCUUUAACUGUGGAAAUUUCUAAUUGCUCACUGUUAAGAUGCAUGGUACUGAUAAACUAAUCUGUAGAAUUUAUGAUUUUUAAUUAAUUAUUAUCUUCAUUAAUUCAUAAUUAGAACAUAUAUUUUUUUUAUACAUGUCAGUUUUAUAUAACUUUCUUCAAGUCAUGUGAAUUUAGAAUGUUGGUAUUCAAUAAAUUUUAUUUUAAUGUAGUGUUUUUACUGGUAAAUAUUACUAUUUGUUCAGACAUUACUCUGGUAAAUUUGAUU